GCACGGAGAUGACAUUCUGCGACCGCACGCCGCCGCUCGUCCGCCCGCGCAGAUGCUUGCGCCUGCCGCGAAUCCGCUCCAUCGGCCACCCGCACCCGUCGUCCGCCCGCCGCCGUUGUACACCUCGGCAACUAGCUGCCACAGCUAGUCGGAAGCCUCCAUUCCCCCACGUUCGCUUAGUUCACGACGCACUGGAGCGGCGCGACUGCUGGUCCCCUUCCCCAUCAGUCCCGGCAAGCCCCCACUCCUGCGCCCCGUCCCCCAGCGAGCGCCGACCCCGGUGGCAGGCUGCUGACGCGUCCCGGCGUCCCGUCCCCUAGCUCCAGCCUCAGCCGGCCAGGCCCUCAGCGCCCCUGGUCCAGACGCCCCUUGCGGCCUUCCUGGAGAUGGAUUUGUGAAGUACAAAGAGGGGUGGAGACUUCUUGUGGUCUUCUAAUAAUUUUUUGAAGGGAAGAGAUGGCCGAUUAUAGUGCCGAGUCUAUACUGGAAUAUGAGGAAAUUGUAAGGAAAUUGUUUGGUAGCGAAGACGAAGCCUUCGAGUUUUAUAACAAAUAUGCAUUUGAUAAAGGAUUCAGUGUGAGGAAAAGCUAUGUGGAGUGGGACGAUGCAAAAACUGAGAUAGUCCUGAGGAAGUUUGUGUGCAGUCGGCAAGGUUUUCGUGAAGAGAAGUAUAUGGCCAAGGAAACUAAGAAAAGGAGGCCACGGGACAUCAGCCGGGUUGGAUGUGAAGCCAAAUUGGUCAUUGCGCGUGACCAGGAAGCAGGGUGGUGGUUUGUGAAGGACUUCAUCGAUGGGCACAACCAUACGCUAGCGACAAGGGACCUUGUAUGUUUCCUACGUUCGCACAGAAGAAUCAGUGAUGAGCAAAAGGCCGAUAUUGUGGAGAUGGAAAUUUCGGGAAUCUGCAAGCACCAGAUUAUGGAUAUUCUGGAACUGCAGUAUGGUGGUUAUGAUAAUGUCGGUUGUACUAGUAGGGACUUGUACAAUUUCUGCUAUCGCUAUAAGAAGGAGACAAUUGCCGCUGGUGAUGCAGAAACAGUGAUCCGUCACCUGAAGGCAAGGCAAGAAAAAGAUCCUGAGUUUUUCUUCAAGUUUUUUGUUGAUGGGGACAAUCAUCUUCAGGGUUUGUUCUGGUGUGAUAGUCAGUCUCAGCUAGACUAUGAAGCUUUUGGUGAUGUGGUUGUGUUUGAUAGCACAUAUAAAACCAAUCGAUACAACUUGCCAUUUGUGCCAUUUGUGGGUUUAAAUCACCACCGGAGCACUGUUAUUUUUGGUUGUGGAGUUAUUUCUCAUGAGACUGGUGAGUCAUAUGAGUGGAUGCUGCGGACUUUUUCAGAGGCCAUGUCGCAGAAGCACCCGGUGUCUGUGAUCACUGAUGGAGACCUUGCAAUGCAGAGAGCAAUAAGGGUAGUUUGGCCAAAUACAAACCAUAGGUUGUGCGUAUGGCAUAUUGAGCAGAAUAUAGUUCGUAAUUUGCAUGAUGAUAAGGUUAAGGAAGAAUUUAGGUCUUUUCUAUAUGAAACUUUUUGCGUAGAAGAUAGUGAGAGGAAAUGGCAUGAGUUUUUGGAAAGGCACAAAGUUACAAGUGAGGAGUCGUGGUUGCAUCAGAUGUAUCAGAUGAGGCACCUGUGGUGUGCUGCUUAUCAGGUUGGACGUUGUUUCUUAGGAUUAAGGAGUAACCAACGGAGUGAGAGCCUAAACUCUGUGCUGCAUACACGUCUCGAUAGGAAAAUGUCAUUGUUUGACAUGUUCCUUCAUUAUGAGCGUUGCCUUUCUGGGUUGCGCAGGAAUGAGGCUAAGCAGGACAGUAUAGCGCUGCACUUUAAGCCUUUCACAGGAAAGGAUGCUUCAAAAAUUGAGGUAGAUGCUUCAAAUCAAUUCACACCAACAAUUUUUGCCUUGGUUCAGUGGAGUAUACAUGCAGCAAAUAAAUGUGUGGUCAGCGACAUUCUUGAUGGGUGUGAUACUACUUUCAUUGUGGCUAAGAAGGAUAAAAUGGACACCAAGUAUGAGGUGCAUUGCAACAUGGUAGAAGGCAGUUUGAACGACAUUGCUUGUUCUUGCCAGAAGCUAGAAUGUGUUGGCACUCCUUGUUCACAUAUAUUUCAUGUAUUACAACUUCUGCAUGUAGACAGUCUCCCUAAGUGUUGUGUUCUUGACAGGUGGACGAGGAGUGCAAAGUGUGCAUUUCCUCCAAUAAGGAAGAGCAACAUAUAUGACUAUUCUAAAAGUCUAGUUAGGUACCGUGAUCUACGGAAUUUGAAUCACGCAGCAUCCUUCAGGGCGGCUCAGUCUAGUCAAUCAUAUCAGCGACUGAAGCACGUUUUACUAGAUGAAACUGAUAUGAAAUCACCAAGUGGUAGUGGAAAUGAAAAGAUUAGGUAUGGUCCGAUGGUUGCUCAAGCACUGGAAGCUGAUUGUGGAAAGGUUCUAGAUCCAAUGCAUGUGCCAGGAAGAGGUGCUCCGAAGAAAAAGCUGAAGGCAGUAAAUAAGAAGGAACGAGGAAAGGUGAAAUGUACUCUUUGUAAGGACGUGGGUCACAAUAGGCGUACAUGCUCGAGGAGAAAAGAGGAGACCAAGCUCCCUGAGGAUUUUGAUGCUUAAGGAUGAUUGUGCUUGUUGGCUGCGUUCUCCAUCAAGCAAUGCUCGCAUCAGUCAGUUCAUCAAUUCCCAUGUCAGCUGUGGUGCAAAAACUUUGGCAAGAAGGAAUACUGAAGGACCUUCCAAGUACCAUGAACUCCGGGCUCCUUGCUUCUGCAUUUUUUUGUGAAAACCUGAGGGGUUUGACGUUGUGAUUGUAAACACGGCAUGUUGUCCUUUUUUCACUUAAUGUUUAAGGUUGAUUCAUAAUAAGUCUUUUGUAUAUGUGGUUGACUGACUAAGAUGGUAUUGUCAUUCCCAAAAAAUAGUAAUCACAUUGUUUCCUAAAAAACAGUGAACACGGUGAAACACGUCGAAGCCAACUCCUGGCUUCAUUCUGUCGCCUCCCUUAGGAAUGGUCUCUAUCACCUGCUCGCCGCCGUGAAGCAACGAUCGUGUGUCAACGGAUCACCAGUCACCAGGCGGAGGUGUGCCGAUCAGUCUACAUCUCUGCCUCGCCGCUGUCAAGCCACGCUCGGCCUCCAACAUCCUCCUGCCCUUCACCACAUCUGCUGUUACAUCAAAGAGG